CAGUCUUUUCUUUCUUACCGACAGCCAGUCCCUUCUCUUCUUGCAAGGAGCAGUACGACAAAGGAAAUUCGAGACGAAGCAAAGUGUAUCCACUGGUGUUUGGUUCUCAAAAGAUUUCUGUUUACUGUCACAUGGGGAACUUUGGAUGUGGCGGUGGAGGAUGGACACUGGCUAUGAAGAUUAACGGUGUAAAGAGAACCUUCCAUUACAAUUCCCAUUUCUGGAGCGACAGAAAUGCCUAUCACCUUGGUGGAGGCAGGACUGGCUUUGACUUACAAGAGACCAAGUUACCGACUUACUGGAACACACCCUUCUCAAAGAUCUGUCUUGGUUUGAGGAUAGGCAAUCAGCUCAGAUUCAUUGUCAUCAGUAAGAGGGCCAACUCACUGUACUUACUGAUCGCAGAUGGGAAAUACCGCGCUACCUCACUGGGUCGGAAUACUUGGAAGUGGCUGAUUGGUUCGCACGCCUCCUUACAGUACAACUGCAACAAGGAAGGGUUCAAUGCAGUGGGAACAAGCCUGAGUCUAUCCAAAGCAAGAAUUGGUAUCAUUUCUAACCAGGAAAAUAACUGCGGUUCCUGUGACUUCCGAAUUGGUAUCGGCACCGGAGGUCAACCUGAUGACUCCAAAACGUGUGGAAUUGAAGCAACAUCCUCGCCAGACAAUGGAAACAAGCACAUCAAAGCCAUGGGGUACAUCCUGGUGCAGUGACAGGGAACAUAGUUAACUUCCCAACUUUCAAGCUGAGAAGCCAUCAUCAAGUAGAAUAAAUGUAGUAUCCUAAGGCUUUAAGGCAUAUAAAGCAGUGGGUUUAAAAUCAUCA